AUGGAAGAAGAAUUUGAGAAGAAACCAAAAGCACUUGAUGAAGAAGAAAUCGCUAUUUUAAAGGCAUAUAACCGUGGUCCAUAUGCAAAUUCAAUUAAACAAUUAGAAAAAGAAGUUGGUGACCUUGCAACAGAAAUACAUAAUUUAGUCGGAAUUCAAGAAAGUGAUACAGGACUAGCACCAGUGUCUCAAUGGGACUUAAAUGCUGAUAAAAAGUUGAUGGAAGAACAACCAUUACUUGUGUGUAGAUGUAUUAAAGCUAUGCCAGAUGAACGUGAACCACGAUAUGUUAUUUCAAUAAAAGAAUUUGCAAGGUUUGUUGUUGGUAAAUCAAAUAGAGUUGAAAAAAAUGCUGUUCAAGAUGGAACAAGGGUAGGAGUAGAUAGAGCACGUUAUGAAAUUAAAAUGGCACUCCCACCAAAAAUUGAUCCAUCAGUUUCUGUUAUGCAAGUUGAAGAAAAACCAGAUGUAACAUACAAAGAUAUUGGAGGAUGUAAAGAACAAAUUGAAAGAAUUAAAGAAGUUGUUGAACUUCCUAUGUUACAUCCAGAAGCAUUUGAGAAUUUAGGAAUUGACCCACCUAAAGGAGUGUUAUUAUAUGGACCACCAGGAACGGGUAAAACAUUGUUAGCACGUGCCGUGGCUAAUAGAACAGAAUCAACAUUUGUUCGAGUAAUUGGAUCAGAGUUAGUUCAAAAAUAUGUUGGAGAAGGUGCUAAAAUGGUAAGAGAUUUAUUUGACAUGGCUAAAAGUAAAAAGAGUUGUAUUAUUUUCUUUGAUGAGAUUGAUGCUAUUGGAGGAACUAGAUUCCAAGAUGAUACAGGUGAAAGUGAAGUACAACGUACUAUGUUAGAACUUAUUAAUCAAUUAGAUGGAUUUGAUAAACGUGGAAAUAUUAAAGUCCUUAUGGCAACAAAUAGACCAGACACACUUGAUCCAGCAUUGGUUAGACCAGGACGACUUGAUAGAAAGAUUGAAUUUGGUCUUCCAGAUAUUGAAGGAAGAACAGAAAUAUUCAAAAUUCAUACAAAGCCAAUGAGUGUUGCAAAGGAUAUUCGUUAUGAUCUUUUAGCUAGAUUAUGUCCAAAUGCUACUGGAGCAGAAAUUCAAUCAGUUUGUACUGAGGCAGGAAUGUUUGCAAUUAGAGCAAGAAGAAAAGUUGUUACUGAAAGAGAUUUCUUAGACGCAAUAGAAAAAGUUAUUAAAGGUUAUCAAAAGUUCUCUGCAACUCCAAAAUAUCUUGCUUACAAUUAA